AGCUACGCCCCUGAGUAAAUACAAGCUUAACAGUUGUUGGAAGAGUUGCGUAAGGAAUUGGCGUCACCACAGCGCAGUGAGGGCAACGCUGAUGCGCAUGAAGCUACUCUGCGCCAUAUUGACUACUGGCAGCCGGCUAGCUGGGCGAAAGGCCAACUUUGAAGGAUGUUUCGGGCCCCCCGGGUCCUGAUUUGGUCUUGUCACAUUAGGCCAUUGAGAGAAUCCCACUGCCCUGCUUUCUCUGAGCACACUGCUGCUGGAUGGCAGGGUACAAGAGAUGUGAAGAAAAGGAGAUAUGAAGGGAUCCAUGCAAGUAAGGAGGGGUCAUCAUUGACCACAGAGACUGUAUCCCGCUUAAAACUGCUGCCUUUACUUAAAUUUGACUGUGCUUAUCAGAAACUAAGACCCGCUUCAUUUCAAAACUUCUCAUCCAAAGCUAUUUUGUCCAGCCAUUAUCACCUCCCUCAGGUUUCUACCUCUGCAAAAGCCAAACGAGGAUCUGACUCUUGCAAAUGCGCUGUAGUGAAAGAUGUAGUUCAAAACCCCAAAGCUGUGAGCACUUACCAGAACUGUUUAAUCAACACAACUUGCCUUCAACCCUCAAAAAGGGCUUUGGACAUUAGCCAACCUUCACUCAGUUUCACACAUAAGACUCGGUGUCUUCAAAGCCAUUUAUCUUGCAGACAGCACGUUGUUAGACCUUUCAGCUCGUCGACACAUACGCAAUGGAUUUUGAGCCACUUUCACAGGAGACAACUACCCUCCAUUCUCUCCUCUCACAACACCAGAGCAGUUCAUCUGGCAGCCGCUCACGUGGCAGACACCUGGAGAGACUGUCUGUCCCUGAAGAAUGAAAACAGGUGUAGACAGAGCCUGGGAACCAACUUGAAGCUGUACGAGGUGGAUAAGGGGAAACAGGGGGCAAGUCAGAGCCAGGGAAAGAACCGGGGGAGAUGGGCGUCAGUCCUAGUCUCUCUGUGCUCUGUUGAGAGUGAGCCGGCUUUUCUGUUUACUCUGCGCUCCAGCACACUGAAGGGCAGGCACAAGGGAGAUGUCAGCUUUGCAGGAGGAAAGAGCGAUCCAUCAGAUGUAGAUGUGGUGGCCACAGCGUUGAGGGAAGCAAGGGAGGAGCUGGGUGUUUCUGUGGCAACAGAGAAGGUGUGGGGCAUCUUGAAGCCUCUCAGGGACAUGUCGGGGAUGGUUAUUGCUCCUGUGCUGGCUAACCUCGGCCCCCUAGAGGAGUUGUCUUUCAAGCCGAACCCUGGAGAGGUGGAGGAGAUUUUCACCCUGCCCUUGUCCCACUUGUGUAACCCUCAGAACCGUGGCUACACACACUUCCGCACCGGCAACAAGUACGGAUACACACUCCCAGUGUUUCGUAACGGGAAGCAUCGAGUAUGGGGUCUGACAGCCGUCGCCCUAGACCACACCUUGAAACUCAUUGUCCCUCCUUAGCAUUUAGCAGCUCCGUUGCAGGAUCUUUACAGUUGACAGCAAACCUAUAAUGUGACUAAGUUCUAAUUAUGACAAUUGUGCAAUCAAGCUUUUUGUAGCAGGAAUCUGCGUGAAUACAAAAUAUUUUCAUUUAUGAAGGUGAAUUCCUUUCCAGUCAGGAGAAGAAUAUUUUCACUUGUGCACUUUCUGAGCCUCAGGUGUAUAAGAAUCUAUCGAAUGGAUUGCGUGUAUAAAGAUGGCCAGCUGUGAUGUCACUGAUAAAGAGCAGGCGCUGGAAGUCUUUGUCAUUAAUUUGUAGACCAGAUGUGAAGUAACAACAUCAAAAAGCAGCACCAACACUUUAUUAUACCUGAUUGAUUCUUACCUGAACACUAACAGUAUUUCUAUAUAUUAUGGACUGAAACAAAUCAUUUGUUAUUUCACCUUGAAAUCUUCGGUUACCAAUUAAAUACAUUUGAACAAGUUAAAUCAACGAGUUACUGAGAUAACUUUCCCAUACGAGUUUCACAUGAGGCUUGUGUUUGUUACAUUUGAUCAGCUCAGCUACAGCAGAGUGUGAGUCAGCUCAUGCCCAUCCAUCUUGCACUAGAUCAAUUCUGGACUGUUGAAAUAAACACAUCAUGUGGUGUAAA